CCUUUACUUGAUCUUCGACCAGGGAAAAAGGGAAGGGACGGGGACCGUUUCAUCAGCCGGUGACGCUUACCCAUUUUUUGUUUGUUCUGUCUGGUCUGGUCUGGUCUGUUCCGUUGCAGUUGAGAAAGGAUGGAUAUUUUAAGGAGCCUGAUCCCCUUGUUCCUCGUGUAAUUCAGUUCAAUGCUUUAGGUCUCUAUUUAUGCCUCGUGUCCUGCCUUGUCCUCCUGUUCAGUGCCUCUAUUUUCUAUUCCUCUCUUCCAAGUGGUUCACCAACAAGCAAGCAAACUUGUUCACUUACAUACAGCCUCAACAUAUAUCCAUCCUCUUCCUCUGACCUACCUACAGGUCUCCCACCAAAUCCAUCUACUCCUGUCCAAACCAAGAUCAACAACUCAAUAUGCGUUUCUUCGCCGUCGCAGCUCUCCUGAGCGUCGCCCUCGCUGCACCAGCCUACGACAAGGUCGACGGCACAUGCUGCUGCUGCGAUAUCUCCAAGCCCGCCACAGUCUGUAAGAAAGAUGUCAAGCCCGAAGACUGUUUCUGCGCCGCCGUCGUGUGUCCCGCUGGUGCCCCUACCAUCUGGGCUACCUCUUCGACUUCUCCUGCAACCACCACCACAGCCGCUCCCGUUAAGCGCGAGGAAAAGACACCUGCCCCUGCUGGACCCCCUUGCUGUUGCUGCGACCCGUCAAAGAAUGCCAUCGUCUGUACCGUGCGUGCCGAAGGCGAGGAUAACUCGUGUAUUUGCCCUAUGGUGAUGUGUCCCGCUGAUGCAUCGACCUUGACGGUUUAUUCGGCUGCCAUGGAGACGGGCAAAUAGGGAAUAAACUUGAAAAGAUGUUGCUCUUCACUUGAAGCCGCAACUUGUUUCAACUCUUCGCUUCUUGAUGUACAUCCCUAGGGCUUCGGUUUUGAUUUCAGUUGGCAUAGCAAAGCAUGGAGGUGUACCAGAAUGGACCAAGUAUGAGUAUCCCGAGAGAGUCCUGCAAGAUAACCGAGCAUUAUCAAUCAAUAGCAUGCUUCCUUGUCUCCAAAUUGAAAGAGGUCUUGAAUCGUGAUACUGUCCGGAGCUCCCGGAUCAAUACUGUAAAGAGAGUCUGGCACUCUCCUCGAC